AUAUGUUCUUUGAUUUACACAUCAUUCAUUAAUAAAUAAACCUGGACGCCUUACCACUGCGCCGCGAAAUAAAACGUCCAAAUUCGUCCUCCCUCCCCGACAAGGAAGAAGAACUAGAGGGGGGAAAAUGGAAAGAGAUAGGAGACGCGGUUGGUUAGAACUAAAGACUUUGGAAGUAGUGCCAUCUUGAGGUUGAUGGGGUUUUGCGAUAUAUAAUUUGACGGGAAGUUUUCGAUGGAAAUGCCUGGAAGACGGUCGAAUUAUACUUUGUUGAGUCAGAAUCCGGACGAUAAGUUUUCCUCUGCCGGAGCUGGGAUGACGAACUACGAGUCUCAUUCUGGGGACAAUAAUAAGGGGAAAGGUGACAAGGGAUUUGAUUGGGACUCGUCUGAUCAUCGAAUGAUCCAGUCGCAGAAUCGGAUCGCGACGCCAGGAUUCCCGUCGCCGAUUGGGUUGCAGAGACAGUCCAGCGGCAGUAGCUUCGGCGAAAGCUCAAUAUCCGGUGACUACUACAUACCGUCUCUAUCCAAUCCCGAUGCAUCUUAUGGACAGUUAAAUGAUAGCGGUGGCGAGCUGAGGCUAGUUGGCGGCGGCUCUUCGUCGUCCAAGAGCUGGGCGCAGCAGACGGAGGAGAGCUAUCAGUUGCAGUUAGCACUGGCGCUACGGCUUUCAUCUGAAGCAAGGUGCGCUGAUGAUCCACAUUUUUUGGAUCCCGUCCCUUCACAUUUAACUGCUUCAGCAGAGUCCAUGUCCCAUAGGUUCUGGGUAAACGGAUGCUUAUCAUACUCUGACAAAGUUCCUGAUGGAUUUUACUCAAUUCAUGGGAUGGAUCCUUAUGUAUGGAUUGUCUGCUCGGAAUUGCAAGAAAGUGGUCGCAUUCCAUCAAUUCCAUCACUUAAAGCUGCUGAUCCAACCAUCUUACAUUCUGUGGAAGCGAUUUUGAUUGAUAAGCAUAGUGACUCCAUUUUGAAGGACUUGCAUUAUCGGGUUCGGACCAUGUCUAGUAGUUGCAUCACAACAGAAGAGGUGGUUGAAGAGCUCGCAAAGCUUGUUUGUAACCACAUGGGGGGUGCAGCUUCUAGUGGAGAAGAUGAUUUGGUUCCUAUCUGGAAGGAAUGCAGAGAUGACCUAAAAGAUUGUUUAGCGUCUGUUGUUAUACCUGUUGGUAGCCUUUAUGCUGGUCUUUGUAGGCACCGAGCUUUGCUUUUUAAGGUACUUGCUGAUGCUAUUGAUUUACCUUGUCGAAUAGCCAAGGGAUGUAAAUAUUGUGAUAGAGUUGAUGCUUCCACAUGUCUUGUUCGGUUUGGAUCUGACAGGGAAUACCUAGUUGAUUUGGCUGGAAGGCCAGGAUACUUAUGCGAGCCUGAUUCUUCUCUCAAUGGUCCAUCUUCCAUUUUGAUUUCUUCACCAUUGUGCUUUCCCAGAUUCCGACAUGUUGAAACUUCAACUGUUUUUAGUUCCCUGGCCAAACAAUAUUUCUCAGACAGUGAAUCACUUCAUUUUGUGUUUGAUGAAACAUCAACAGGAACUACCACUGAUGGAGACCUUAGUGCUCCAAUGUGUGCUAAGCAAAUGGACAUGACUUACAUUGAUAGAACCAGCUGUGUGCCUAGUUCGAGCAAUCAAGAUGAUAUCUCGAGAUUACCUUUACCUCCUACAAUUGCUCGAAGAAGAGUUCGUGAUAAAGAGUCACAAUAUACGGAAAUGUAUAACCCUUCAAAUGUCUUCAUCCCACCAAACAUUGGAAAAGACACGAAUCCUCAUAUUGUCCACUCUGACCCUAGGCAUGAUAAUCAUCUGGUUUCAAGUAAGCCAGGUAAGGAUUUUGCACUUGAUGUAGAAGAUCUGGAUAUUCCAUGGACUGAUCUUGUUCUGAAAGAGAAAAUCGGGGCAGGUUCUUUUGGUACAGUUCUCCGUGCUGAUUGGAAUGGCUCUGAAGUUGCUGUGAAGAUUCUAAUGGAACAAGAUUUUCAUCCUGAGCGUUUGCAAGACUUCUUACGGGAGGUUGCCAUUAUGAAACGUUUACGACAUCCAAAUAUUGUGCUUUUCAUGGGUGCUGUUACACAGCCUCCAAAUUUGUCAAUAGUUACAGAAUAUUUAUCAAGAGGUAGUUUGUAUAGACUUCUGCAUAAACAUGGUGAGAUGUUGGAUGAGAGACGUCGGUUAUGCAUGGCUUAUGAUGUGGCAAAGGGAAUGAAUUAUCUUCAUAAACACAAUCCUCCAAUUGUUCAUAGAGAUUUGAAAUCACCAAAUCUUUUAGUUGACACGAAGUACACAGUGAAGGUCUGUGAUUUUGGUCUUUCCCGUUUAAAAGCACACACAUUUCUUUCUUCAAAGUCAGCUGCGGGAACACCUGAGUGGAUGGCACCUGAGGUUCUCCGUGACGAGCCAUCUAAUGAAAAAUCAGAUGUAUAUAGCUUCGGUGUGAUACUUUGGGAGUUGGCAACGCUCCAGCAACCAUGGAGUAAUUUGAAUCCAGCCCAGGUGGUGGCAGCUGUUGGCUUUAAGCACAAGAGGCUUGAAUUACCACGUGAUUUGAAUGCUCAAGUGGCUAAAGUUAUCGAGGCAUGCUGGGCAAGUGAGCCGUGGAAACGCCCUUCAUUUGCAACUAUAAUGGAUAUGCUGCGGCCAUUGAUAAAACCCGCUACUAUACCUGUGUCGGGUCCUACAGACUCCCAAUUGCUUACCAGAAUGCAUGAGAUUUUUUAAUGUUUAUUGCACAGUUGGGAUUCAUUUAUUUUUGAUGAAGACUGCCAUUGUUAUGUGAGAGGAGGAUUAUUUGGUUGCGUAAACAAUAGUUUGGAGUUCAGAUAUGGCCCGUUAGAAAAGCCAAAUCAAUCCUACACAGUUCAAAAGUUCAAGCAGAAGGAGCCACAUCCUUUGUACACUAUGUAACCACCUGGAACUGCUUUGUUUUUUAAAUGCCAGCUACCAAAGUGCUGUCCACUUUCUUUUGAAAUUGGUGGUUGUAUCCAUCAGAAUUGAUAUCUAAUGUGGAAAGUUGGACCUGCUUUGAUAUUUCUGCAUUCUAGUUCUGGACCUUCUGGUUUUAUGCUGGUGACGUG